UCCAGAGGAGGACUUUAGCCUUCAACGCGGCUAUAAAAGCUCAGAGCGGCCGCCUGAACAGCACAACCCAUCAGCCUCUGAGAGAAGACGAGCCGAGCUGCCUCUGCAAGUCAGAUUCAGUCAUGAAGGUCCUUGUGGUUCUCGCACUUGCUGUUUUCUCUGGUUGCAAUGCCAACAUCCUGUGGCAGGAGCCUCCCAAGACCAGCCUGGAUAUGGUGAAAGACGCUUUCUGGGACUACGUUGCUAAAGCGACCUCCACCGCCGAGGACUCCCUGAACCAGAUCAGGCAGUCUGAGCUGGGACAGGAAGUGAACGCCAAGAUCUCCCAGAGCGCCGACACAGUCAACCAGUACGUUGUCUCUCUGCGGACUCAGGUGGCCCCCGUCACCCAGGACUUCAUGACCCGCUUCACCCAGGAGGCCGAGCAGCUGAAGACCCGCCUGGAGAAGGAUAUGUCCGCCGUGAGCGCCAACCUGCAGCCCUUAGCUCAGGAGAUGGUGGCCAGCCUCCAGAGGCAGGUGGAGGAGCUGCAGAGGGAGGCGGCCCCCUACGUGGAGGCCAUGGACCCCGAGCCCCUGAAGGCCGUCCUGCUGCAGAAGAGCCAGGAGCUGAAGGUGCAGCUGGAGAAGAGAAUGGCCGACAUGCAGGCCCAGAUGGUCCCCUACAGCGAGGAGAUUAAGGAGAAGAUGGAGCAGAGCGUGGAUGAGUUUCAGAAGACCGUGAUCCCUCUGACCCAGAGCUUCGAGGCCCAGCUGACCCAGAAAACCCAGGAGAUCCAGCAGAACCUGGUCCCACUGGGAGAGGAGCUGAAGGCCAAGCUGGACGCCGGCGCUCAGGACCUGCAGGCUCAGCUGACCAGUCUGUGGGAGUCUUUCACCAGGAAGACCCAGUAAACGGAUUGCUGCCCCCAGCCUCAGAGCACUCACCAAAUAAUUUAUUUUAACUUCACACAAUAUAUAUUUUAUUAAAUAAACCUUAACCAGUCAGUUCAGCCUCUUGGUGUCUUAAUAAGCAUGAGAAACACGUGCAGUUACAGUAGAAGGCAAAUUCUACAAAGCUGCACUUAAAAACAACACAAACAUAAAGUCAUGACUCGGUCCAUGUGAUAUCAUCUCACACAGUGUUGUUGUACUGACUCGAUACUUCGCUGAGAAGUGUUUUAUUUGUGUGUUGCAUUAAAACUCAUGUGCACAACCAA